UUGAUCUACGUUUUAUAAAAACUAUCUUAAAUAAGUAUAAUUUAAUAUAUUCGCUCAACUAGGCAGCUUUAAAGAAAUGAAUCAACACAUGUGAAGACGCACUUUCUCAAUGUUUCUGGUGAAUAUAGUGCCUAUUACAGGAUAAAAGCAUGGCCUGCAAGGCGUCCUUUGAAUUGUAUCACAACUUUCCUAAAUUAGCUGAAGAGGCUGGAUUUGCCUUUAAUUCACACAGGCCACGUGUCCACAUUGAAUGGAAUAAAAUCCGUCUGGUUGACAUAGAUAGUUUGAUAAGAGAAAGAAAAUUUGUAUUAAUUGAACAAUAUUUGAAUGAAAUUUUAGAUUGUGUCUUGGAGUCAGAGUUUGAUGUACGAAUUCUCGAUGAGGGAUUUGUAAAAAUAUUUCGCUUGGCUCAGCUGGCGGUGGAAUAUCAACAAUUUUGUCGACAUUACCUCGACAGAAGCGUCCAUGUAUUACGCGAUGAAGUAACAGCAUUGGUCAAGGAAUUAGAUGCAACUAAGAGAAAUUUAAGAGAAAAGGAAGAAGAAAAUAGGCGGCUCAAAAAAAGAUCUACAAGACAUUCCUCGCAAAAUUUGUUGCCAUAUCACAAUGAAAACAUAGCCACUUUAUUAUUAAAUACAAUUAAGAACCAAACCGAUUUGUUUCCGUCGGCACCCCAUUUAGACGCAUUAAAUUACAAUAAAUGUAAUGUUUGUGAUAAAGUAUUCUUAAAUCAACUGUAUUUGAAGAGCCAUAUCGCAAGACGACAUCCAAAUAUUAAUGAGAAUAAUCAAAGUGAAAAAAUACCAAACAAGGAUCCACCUAUUAAUGAAGAAGACAGUAAAUUAAACGAGGAAGUUGAAAAUUUAAAAAUUAAAUUAAAGGAGAUGGAAUCACUAAUUUUGGGUUCGCAUAAUUCCAUUAAAGGUACACCAGAAGGGGCAACAAAUAAUGAAACCGCAGUCAGCAAAAGUAUUGACACAAAAAUAAUGAAAGAUGCCGAGGUUUGCUGUACUAGUGAUGAAGAUUUUAUUUUAAGUAAAAUCGAACAAUGGAAAAAAGAAGAAUUUGAAAAGUACAACAACGAAAUUUCCCUGCUACGAAACCAAAUAACGAAUAUCAUAAAAUCAAAUGAAGACAAACAAAAUCAAGUCAUAAAUAAAAGUACUAAUAAAGAAAUUGACCAACUACAACAGACCAUCAAACAACAGGGUGUUGAAAUAAAUUUGUUAAAACAGUAUAUUGAAAAUUCGAAAUCGCAAAAAGAGGAAAUAGAGGUAGAGAAAAAAAGAGAAAUCGAAAUUCAAAUAUCCCAUUGGGUUCAACGACUAGAAGAACAGUCAAAUCAAUGUAAAACUUUAAUGCAAAAAUUGAAUGAUAUGGAAAAGGAAGUUGAAAAAUAUAAAGCUAUCGCAGGUGCGGAAAAAGAAAAAUUUACUCAACUACAUAAAUUAGUAAACCAAACCCAUUCCAAUGCCCAAUCAAAUAUUUCAGAAAGUGAUAAAAGUAAGCUUGGAAAGCAAUUGCAAAAUCAGAGCAAAUCUUUAAGGGAUACUAACGAAAUAAGUAUAAAAAACAUCGAAACAUCUAAUCGAUAUAGUACCCUCGAAAAACUUCAAAAAAAAGCACAGGAACUCCUUGACCAAUCAAGUACUUCUGAUUUGUCAAGUGUAGAUGAGAAAAUUAUUAAACCACAAACACCCGGCUAUAAUGGUAUGUCGUCAAGACAAUAUGCAAUCCGUGAAAAUAAUACAAAAAAUAAGAAUGUGCAAGAUAAUCAACGCGUUAACAAUGUCAGACUACCAGUGAGGAAAGGGGAAAAGAAAGAGAAGAAAAUAAAAUUGAAACAAGAAACAAAAAGCGAAAAUAUGACCAUGCCCAUGAGCCCCGUUAAAAUUAUAAGGGCUAAAAUAACAGAAGAAGUAAACACACGCUUAGUUCAACUUGGGGUUGAUCCUUUAAGAAAGUGUUUGCCGAGAAGUAAUUUCGUAAAACAGCGCGCUAUCUUGCAAGAAAAGCAAGAAAUAAAGGAAAAGAAAUGUGUGUCACGGGAAAAAAUAAGGCAUUCAAUAAUUGCACAUUUAGACAAUAAGGCAGCAAAUUCAUAUUAUAGCACUGAUGUAACUCAAAGCAGUAAUUUGUCACCAAAGAAAAACAAUAAGACGAUUUCGUCAGUUUUAUCAAACGUUAAAACCAAAGCUUUGCAAUUAGUUAAAUCUCAUAAAGAGAAUAAAUUUAUGUACAAUAACACUAGAAACACUACUACGAAAUCAACGAUGCCUCCAGAAUCGGUUGUUUCAAGUCCAAAAGCACACGAAAUUAAUGAUUCUGACCGAAAAUAUGAGAAUAAAACAAAGAAUAGGAAAAUUCCAUCGAAUAAAAAGAUUAUUGAAAAGCCGACAAAAAAAUCUGCAAGCACAGAAUAUCUACCAAACGGAUACGACUCAGAACUUGAGUGUGAUGCGGUGGUCAACAAACCAAGUAAAUCAAUCGGACAAACAUUACAUUCUCCAAUACCUAAAAAAGAUGAUAAACCCAUAACAAGUAAUGAUACUAUUAUUACCAGUCUUGAUGAUUUUACUACACAGAAAAUAAAUACAGACUUUCAACAAAAUAAUCAUCAUAAAGACAGCAGCUAUGAUGAAGUAGAAUCGUUACCAAACACUUCACCUAGAAAAGCUUAUUCCGAAGAAAAUAUCUACAAUCCAAAACAAACUAAAGGAGUCCUGAAAUUGGCUUCUUCUACAUCUUCGCUAAAUAAGAAAAAAGUCCUGUUUGAUAUGGACGCGAUUCAAAUGAAGUCUGCAAGCGUAACCCCAUCUCAAAGCUUAACUGAGAAAAGCGACGAUGCCAAUGAAAAAUAUACCUUAGGCUUAAUAAAUCUAGAUACGGAAGAAUGGGAUAUUUCAAGCAUAGAAAAUGAGAACCAUAAGGAAAAGGCAAAUAUUGAUGUUGCACCACGCGCUCAUCCCAAAGUAGCAGAAUUAAAAGAAAUCAUUGAGUCACAAAUGGCAAGAAGGUCUCUGACAUCAACAGCUUUGGCAGGCAGUGUCAAUGUCUUACCUACGCCAAUGGCGCGGACAAGUUUGGGGGGUAGUAACACAAGUUUAGGCAGCUCAAUACUUGAUGAAAGUGAAAACUUACCAGCAGCAUCAGCACCGGUUGUACCUCGGAAUGCUUUUAAAAACGCUGGAAAACAUUCGGAAAGAGAUGACAGCGAUAUAGACCUAUCCGAACUCUUGAAUGACGAUAAGUUUUAGCAUUGAUAGCAAUUGAUUUUCAUGAACUUUAAAUGAUAAAAAUGUAUUUUCUUAUGAUAAAAAAUCCAGUACUGCCAAGGAUUCUUGACAAUCCACAAAUUCUGAGCAGUACUGAUAUUGUACUCGUCACUUUGAGACAUAAGAUGUUAAGUCUCGUUAGCCCAGUAAUUUCACUAGCUACGGCGCCCUUCAAACAGAAAGACGCACGACUGCCUGGCGGCAGGGAUAAAGGCGCCGCUGUUGUACCCUCCUAGCCGGCAUCCUGUGCUAAAAAGCCUUCCACAUAAUAGAUGGUUAGGUACCCUAAAUACAGUAGUAUAUUAUUUUAAUUAUACUUGCAUUUGAGGGAAGGUAAGAAAAUAGUCAUAGUCCAAAUCAAAUACUAAAAUACUCAUCAUAGUAUAACAAUGAACCACAAUGAAGUGUUGCCGGGGUAAUAAUAAAUAAAGUUUACUGUGCUUGAUGAAUAGUAAUUAUAUUAACCCCGCAGGUUGGAACGGGGUCGUCACAUAAUUACGAACCGUCACUCAGCCCCGAUUUCACUAAUCACUCUUAAACUGAGUUUUACCUUCAAAUAGUUCAAAUGCCAGUCUUGAUCUCAAUUCAUCGACAUCGUCAUCGAUAAGUAUGAAAUAUAUCAAAACUCUUUUAUGUCAAUGAUUCUGUUUCGAUAACCCCAGUGGCAGUUCUGGAACGCGAUCAAAUAAUGUAUGGCUUAGUAGUGCCGGUACAGUUUGUAAGCCGUGCCCAGUAUAGUAUGGUUUAUUUGUCAUAUUUUUAAGUGUCAGCAAUGCUUCCAUGUUUUAUAUUACACUUCCGCUUGUAUUGUAUAUACCGUGGUUACAACUCGGUUCAUAUUGUCGUCACAAAAAAUUGUCUGAUUCAUAAUUUAACUGUACGAGUUGCAAGUAAACAUAAGUCACAAAUUA